AUGGAAGGCGUCGAGACCAAGCGCUCAUCCGCCGCGGGCGCUGGGGACGGGGAGACUGGAACGAGAAAGAAAGGCAGGGUGACUCUUCCGAGGGGCAGAGCAUGUGUGGCAUGUAGGCAAGUCCCACUAGAGAAAUGCUCUGGCGACCGACCAUGCGCAACAUGCAAGAAGGCCGUUAUAGACUGCCGCUAUGAGGAACCGACGCGACGCAAGCCUCGGCAUGUGCUCAUGGAGGAGCGCGUUGGUGAGACUGUCUCAUUCCGCUGUGAUGACCUUCAACUGACCGCCCUAGUCGAGCUGGAAGCGCUCAUCACGUCCCGCGGACAACACCUGCCCCCUUCCCAGCUCGACCCGCCUACUAAUCCCUCCGCCGCUGCCAAUCCGUCCUCCCCGUCCACCUCAAUCAAUGCUCCACCGCCAAACGUAUCGUCUCCGGGGAUACCCCUGCUACUCCCUACCGUCAUCACCGACGUCCAGCCUCACUCCAUCCUGGAGACUCACCUCAUCCGGCUCGUCCUGCCCUACACAUCCUUUCUCGCCAUACCUCUUCAUCCUCAGCGCUUCCUCACGCUUCUCGAUCAGAGCACCAACAAUCCCUUGCGGCCUCAUCCCGCGCUCCUCUACAUCCUCUUUGCACAGGCGGUGCGCAUCCUCGAAAACGACAUACCGCUGCCGAGGUACCCCACAGCAUCCGCUGGCAUACCCGGCUUCAAUCCAGGCAUGUCCCUGCUAUCGCCCGAUGUGGACAAGGCGUGGCUCCUUUCUCAAGUCAGGGGAAACAGCCUCGCGUACAUGGAGCGGGCGCGCGUUGAGCUAGACAAUGGGAUCCGGCGCGUCGACCGGCCUUUCGACCUUGUCCGCGCCGCUGUCGGCAUCACUCGGUACCUCUACGCACUCGGCCGCUUCAUCGAGGGUUGGAACGUCCCCGUCGCUCGCCUCGUCAUCUCAUGCGGUCUCCAUCGGCUUACAGGCAACAUCACGCUGCCGGACUAUCCCUCGGCGACCGGCGAGUAUCCGCCGACCGAGUAUGCGCCCCGGCCAUAUGGCAGUACCAAAUUCUACCUGCAUCACCACGCGCAGACGGCGCUUCGGCAGCCGGUGCCUCCGCUGAGGAUGCGGCCGCUCAUUGUUCCGCCGCCGAGGGACGAGAUCGACUUGGCAGAGCGGGUGAUGACAUUCUGGGCGGCCAAGGCGCAGGACUGGUCAGCGGGGAUAGGAUGGGGAUGGUCUGUAGGACUGGAGGACGAGGAGUGUACGACGGAGUGGCCAUGGGGUGGAGGAGGGGUCGAGAUGAAACCACUGGCUCAGAUCAAUCGUCGCUACGGUAACCGAGACCUAUUCGAUGAGAGUAGUCAGCUGCACUCCAGCCCGUUCGCAGAUUCGCCUUACGUUUGGAGCAUGAAGAGCAUGUGUCUGCUCAACCGCGCGAACCGGCUGAACGAUCAUCCCGAAGCUUCUAUCCCUCGUCUACUUCAGGACGGUCGCAUGCUCCCAGACCACAUUCCCCCACUCCACGAGAUCCAUCGCGCCCAGGCCGCCCUAGAACGCUUCCGUGCACGCCUUCCCUUGGACCUACAAUUACCGCCCCCUCGACCCCGGACAGGCUCAUCCUCAAGCGGAGACGACGGCGCGUACUACGCCCUCGCCGACCCAUGGUAUAUCCUCCUUCAUGCAAAUCUGCUCACAGCGGAAAUGCUCACUUGGCGCGAAAUGGCAAACUACGACGGGUCGACAUAUCAUCGGGCGAUAGCAAGCGCGAGGGGCUUGGUCAAGCUUGUUCAGUACAUGCAGCCAGAGACUUGGGUUCACGUUGAUAUGCUGGUAGCCAUCAACAUCUCGCUAGUGGCUCGAUUACUGCACAAAGAAUCGGACAGACUGCAGUCUAUAGGUCAAUUCGAUGCUUCUCGUAUGGCUGCAGAGGAGGCUGAGCUCUUGCGUGAGACGCUGGCUGGGGACUUUGCGCGCUGGAUGCCAAUGGCAGAGCUGCAUGGAAUGGUGGUGGCGAGAGUGAGUCAGGGAUUAGCAGAGAAGGAAGGGGAGUAUGAGAGGGUGUAG